CAAUUACGCAGGUUAGACGCAGGUAAGACAAUACUUACCUCCAACAGCAGAACACUAGCACUUAUGACAGCACUACAAAAAGAACAUGUUAAAGAAGUAGAGGAUGCUCACGGUCUCACUGACUUGAAAGACAAAGACGAGCUGCUGAGAGAGGAAAUGAUGGAAUCAGUCUCACUAGCAGACGUGACAAUCUCAAACAUAAUCGUGCCUCUGAAAUGGUGCAGGAUCGACCACAAUAAGUACAAGACAGACUGCUGGAAGUACCAGGUGUUCUGUCUCAUUAGGAGUGGGAUACAGGUUCUAGAUUGUUCCGAGCUGACCAAAGUGGACAUUCUCACUGAGAAUAUCCAGCUUAAGGAUACAUUCGUUCUGAAGGAUAUGGGACCGGACUUUGUUAUAGACCUUGAGUUUUACUACACCCAAACUGAAGAUCCUGUAAAGAAGAAAGAUAAGAAGAAGGCCGAACAAACAGAAGCACCCGCGCCUGUGUUUGCGAUAGCAGCAACCGCCUCCCUCUCCCUAGCACACUGCAAUAUCUGGUCUCAGAAAGCAGUCCCUGAAGUCGGGUGCUAA